CACCAUACUAAGCAUCACUACAUAGAUUCACUACUACACUACUAGUAGCAUCACUGACUGGCCAGGUAGUAGUACAUUGCUUCCUUGCGCCUAGAGCUUCGGUGCUGCAGCUUCAGAGUUCUUCAAUUUGAUCGUUGUUACGGAUCAUGGCAUCCAAGGAGGAAAUCGCAGAGUUAGAUGAGAAUCAAUUGACAGCCGACGGUGGCGAACUUUACUUAUUUCAAUGGUUAUCGAAUCUGGAGAGAAAUCUUAGAAAUGCGAGCACCGAAACGCUCAAGGAGACGCAGGCUUCAGUGGAAGCCACGCUACUGAAAGUGCUUAUACCUUCGGAACCAUAUCCUUGUCCUGCUGCAAGAUGCCUUCUAGUCUUGUAUCAUCGUGGAGAAUCCAGGUCAUUAUUUGACACGCUAAGGGUGUUGCUCAAGCCGGCCUCUGACAUCAAAGCCACGGAUAAGGACUCGACUCGAAUCGCCGCAUUUUGGACAAUUGGAGAGUUGAUGGAGGCCUUUGGCUCCCAGUUCAUGUCCUUUAUGGCCGAAACCGCCACUAUCGCCAUAAAAACAUUGAGGUCAUCUGCGUCGCCGCAUGUCCGAUAUCAUGCGCUCACCAUGCUCCGGAAAACCCUGGUUUCAGCCAAGAAGGCUUUGAGCGACUCCCUUGCAAAGGACAUAAUCAAGCAAAUGAAGAAUGGUUUAACUGAUAAAGCUCUCCCCGUCCAGCGAGCUGCUGCUGCUGUCUUAGCGAUCGUGUAUACUCCUGAAGACUCCGUCACGCUCACAGAUGUGGAGUCGAUCAUGAACGUUUGCGUUAAAAGUCUUGAAAACAGUGACCAGGUGACAACGCAAUCGCUGGCGCAGCUAGUGGGACAUAUGCUCGCGGCCACCCAGAUGGAACGUACCGUAGCGGUCGCAGAGCAGUCACAGAAAGGCAAGAAGGAACAAGAAGACUCCGAUGUUUCUACUCCUGCGCAUAUCGUAGCCGAAAACACCAAAAUAUGCUAUCACAAAUCUCCACCCCAAUUUAACAAAGCUCACAGCCGCAAAACCCGUGCGGGAAUCUUCAUGUUUUACGUCACACUGUUGGCAAAACUCGGGCCAGCAUUUGUGGAAGCCAAUUAUUCUCUGCUUGUUGGUCACCUCAUGACCGAGAUCGUCUCCUAUCCCAAGAAUGGAGCCACGAGAUAUGACAAACUCUUCAUUCGGAAGCUACUAAUAGCGGUACGAAUGCUGACUGAGCAGGGACAAAUAGCUGCAAUUCAAGAUCUUUCCUUGUCAUACUUGAAAAGAUGGCCAGCAUUAAUGCCGGGGCAGGUGGCUCCAUCUUCAUCUAUCCUAACAAUAGCAUUGGAGGAGGUUGCAGGUCUGCUGCAACAACUAGGUAAUGCACCUCCGCCGGUUCAGGACGCUGUCUCUGUACCAUUGAUGACGCUGCUUACACAUCCAAGUCACUCGGUUCGUGUCAAUGCGAGUUGGACCCUCCGUUGCUUCUGCUAUUCUACCCCCCUCCGUUUACCGAAGGCAAUAUUGGCGAUCACGGAGUCUUUACAACGCGACAUUGAAUCCCUCCAAUCUCCUGCAGCUCCUUCAGACAUUGAUCGUCGGACACUUGGUCAUUCCUAUGGUUUGGCGGCUCUUAUCGCUAUUGUGCCACAUCGCCCCCUAUAUGUGUCUUUUGACGUGUCAGCUAGCGUUCUUGACACUGCCACUCAACUCCUUAAGCGCGUUAGUGAUCAUGAUGUUCAUGUCGCAGGGGUAGAGGUUGAAGUUGCCUGGACGUUGAUUGCAUCUCUGAUGCUGCUUGGACCAAAUUUCGUCCGCUCACAUCUACCUCAGCUACUGGUACUUUGGCGUAAUGCAUUACCGAAGCCUACUGCGAAAGACAACGUCUCAGGCCGGUCAGCUGCCGAAUGGAAGUUUCUCCUGCAUGUCCGUGAAAGUGCGCUUGGGGCAAUCCUUUGUUUUUUGCUUCACAACAGUCAACUCACCACUCUUGACGUCGCCCGGAGAAUCUCAUCUCUGCUUGGAAAUGCCCUCUCAUUUUCAAACGUGUUCUUGUCACAGACUAUUGAAGAAGUUUCCGGAACCUCGGUAAUUGAAGAUACUGGACCAUCUAUUCGAACUCGCGAGGCUUCUCUUCGACGUAGAGCAUACCAAUGCUUCUCCGCUCUUGGAACUUCCACUUUGACGGAUUCUGUCCAAUCAAGCUUAUUGCAGUCCGUCCUUGCUGUUUUUGCGGGUCCCGAUGUCGAUAACAUAUCUGCAAUGCAAGCCUCAAUUGCGUCUACCUCCGGUAGUUUCACUUCAAUCUGGCAGAUGACAGAUGGUUACGCAUAUGGACUCACUACGCUCGAAAUAUCCGAAGACGGGGUCGACCAAAGCACGUCUGAAAGUCCUCGCCGAGGUCACAGCAACAGCGAUAGCAUAGAACACUCAAUAAGUGCCCUGCUACGCAAGCCGAUACUAGGAGCUUGUGAGCACGACAUACUUUCUCUUUCUAUGAUAAGCCCGUCAGACGAGGAAAGCCGGUCUUUUAAUGCCCCACCACCCGUGUCGUCAGUCUGCGACGCCGCUAUCGAACUGUUUUCUCAGUUGCUGCCAGCCCAAGACUUGAGCACUACUCUGCGCACAAUCAAUCACUUGAUAGAGUCCAACCGGUCUCCGAAACUUGACAAGAACGCUGGGAGGAGAGCCGCCGUGAUGUUAAAUAGUGUUGUGGCCAUCGUACGAACAUUGCGUGUCUCCAUGAUCUCGCAUCAUCGCCAAUCUAAGGACACCCUUGGGCACUCACAAGUCGCUUCAGCUCUUGGAGCAUUCUUGAAAGAUGCUCUUGUGGAUGGUGAUCCCGCCCUAAGAUCUGCUAGCAGCGAGGCCAUUGGGCGCCUUGCCAAUAUAUCUGGAAGCUCUUUCUUGACGAGACGAGCUGGCUGUGCGCUUGCGUUCGGGUCUCUAUACAGCCACGUCGGUGGACUCGCGGCAGCUCCCAUCUUAAAAACAACUGUAAACCUUCUCAUGUCGUUGAGCAAUGAUUCUCAUCCGUUGGUCCACUUCUGGUCCCUCCGCGCACUGGGACAUGUCAUUAACGCCGCUAGUUUGGCCUUCGCUCCAUUCGUGUCAAGCACCCUGGGAAUGCUGCUCAAAAUAUACUUGUCGGACACUCACGAAGCCGAGGGAGGGACGCUGAACAACGCCAAUAUUGGUGGCGACUUGCAAGCUUACCCCCUUGUCUGCUACAUUCUGGAUGCAAUCAUCACUAUUCUUGGCCCUGACGUUCAUGACUCUCCAAGGACGAGAACAAUUGUACUUGACCUCGUCCACGAAUUUUCGGUGGAAGAUGAUGAACCCAUCCUAGUGGAAGCCAUAAGGUGCAUCCAGCAUCUUCUCAUGUUUGCUCCCGAGCAUGUGGACGUCCCCGAGAUCGUGAAUCGUUUCAGAAGGCACCUUAGUUCACCUAGAAGAUGCCUCAAACUCGCAGCAAUCGAUGCCCUUUAUCAAUUGGUUCAGAAAGACGCUCUAGCAAUGUCCCGAUUAGGUGGAGAUCGCCUCGUGGAGGAUUUGUUUGGAAUGCUAGACGGUGACCCGUCGAUCGAUGGAGUCAGAAACGUAAUUUCAAGUUGGCUACUUCAGACAGCUAUUCACAAUCCAUCCGCUUGGAUUGACCUUUGCCAGAGGAUCAUGCUGCGCAUAAAUGCCUCCCAGAAAGUGGUCGAUACAGCUAACAGUCUCAUGGAUGACGAAGGUCAAUCGUUGAGUGCAUCUAUGUCAAACGAUGACACACGGCAAGGCAACCUAGCCUUGGUUGCUACGUCACGCUGGAGGACGCAACUAUUUGCACUGCGAUGUUUACAUGAAAUCUGCACACUAGUUGCACGCUUCGGACGCAGAGAGCACAUCGACAUACCUUUCGCUCGUAGCCACGGCAUUCCAGUGAACGGCCUCCUUGUAUCUCGUGUCCCAGAUUUGAUCAAAAUGGCCUUCACAGCAUCUGCGGCAUAUGUCACAGAGAUACGACUAGAAGGAUUGGUCGUAUUACGCGAUGUCAUCCAGGUGUUUUGCCAAGCCCCAGACCCUGACUAUCCAGACGCUCUCCUGCUUGAGCAACAUCAAGCACCUAUCACAGCUGCACUUACUCCCGCCUUCUCUCCAGACUCCACUCCUGAAAUUCUGUCUUCUGCCAUCGAUGCCUGUGCAGUGUUUGUUGGCUGCGGCGUUGUCAAAGAUGUAAGUCGGAUGGGGAGAAUUCUCAAACAACUUACAACAGCACUUGGAGAGGUUGACGAAUCUGGCAACUUAACUAUGGGCAAUUUUGUGGACUUGAGCCCAAAUGCAUCAGGCAUGCUGAGGGUUUCUAUCCUCUCCGCGUGGGCCCGUCUGGAAAUUGCUAGUUCUGAGCAGACGUACCUUCUAGAUGUCAUCAAACCCUACAGAUCGAUCUUGGCACCGCAAUGGAUUGCGAGCCUUCGCGAUUAUGCUGUCAUACGGGCAGAUUCCGAAUUCAUACACGAUGCGUCAGCGGUAGCUUUAGACCCGUCGUAUGCAAGCCUCGGUAAAGUAGUUCUGCUCCCAUACUACGCUUCUUCCUGGGCAACCAUCCUACAAGCUGUUGCGAACGCUAUGAACCGCUCCGAUCAAUACAUUUCAGCUGCCAUCCUUGGGAAGGAGGUGGGGACAUCUGUUAAUGGUAUCGACUCCGCAGCAGAAGGGCCAGCGCCCCUUUUCUUCCCCCUCUUUGGCCUUAUAUAUGAAGCACUCGCGACGUCCUCGCCAGAUACCAGCUCACGAGGUGACACAGUGAUUGCCUGCCUAGGGGCGCUGAAAUGCCUUCUCGAUCCUCGCUAUUCAGGGAAAGCCCUUUUGGAGCCUACUAUCUUUCAAGAAUUCAUGAGUCUCAGUCAUCGAAUGGCUAUGACAGAAUCUGCAGAGGUACUCAUUCACCUGAUUACUGUCCUGACCACUUUUGCCAAACACUUUGGCCAAUAUGUACCCGGAGGUGAUCUCAGCAAGGGGAGUCAGAACAACGCAGCCAUUCCUCCGGAUUCGGUUCGCACUCAUUGUCUCAAGAUUUUUGCCUACACCCUUCGACACUCUCGUCACAAUCCAGGAACGACGGCGAUUCGUAAAUGCAUGUUCUUGCAGAAGGCGAUCUUCCCUGAUAUUGCAAAGAUGAUUUCUGGUUCCCUGGGUGCCUUCCACCUCAUUGCCUCGACAACAGAAUCUGAUGUUCGAGAGGAUGUACGGGGAAUAGGCUGCGUGCUCUAUGGCGAGCUGCUGAAAGAUGAAACUUCGGAAGCGGAUUUGGUGACUCCCACUCUUCCGGCUUUCAGAUCCUUGUUGGCCGUUUCAUGCCAUCCUAAUAUCCGCGAACGUUACGGGAAGCUUAUCCACGGCUUAUUAUCAUCGUGUCUUUUGAACGUGGACGAAAUGAGGGGACGCGAAGGUUUGAUCUCGUCGAGAAAAGUCAAAACGAAUCUUCUCGCGGCGGUGCUCAUCUUGACCGUCAUUCCUGCACAAGUGGCGGUUUCUCGUGAUGUGGUGGAACACCUGUUCUUUCUUAUAUCUCAGAAGCUUGAAGAAGGCGACCAGCAGAUGGCUAUUGUGGCUGUUCACUGCGCCAAAACCCUUACAAUCGCUGCGUCUGGAAGCGAACUUCUUCGAGCCUGCGUUCGGCUACUUCUUCCCGCACUAAUCCAAUAUGUUGCCAAAAUGGUACCUCGAGUGGAUGAUGGAACAGUGUCAGAGCAGCAGGCCAUCUCGAUAGACGAGGUUUGGAAAACAUUUGCGACGCUCGUUUUGCUGGCUAAAGACGAACAACGUUCCCGUCUCUUGAGUGUCCUGCUACCAACAAUCACAUUACUUCUACGCCCCUCUCAGAUGCCUCCAUCAACGAUACACUCUAGUGGCGUAGCACACUUGCUUUCCCUGGCAGCUAGUUCGCCCGCGUCCUUCAAGGAGGCCACUACUCAGUUGGACCCCUCUGUGCGGGAAGUACUCGAGGUGUCGAUUCGGAAGGCUGUCGAAGGUGCGGCGGGCCCAGUGCAGCAGAGCAUGAAGCCGCAGAUCUCUCUGAGAUCAUUUUGAUAAAGUAAUUACCACGUGUACAUGCGUAGAUCAUAACAUACAUGAGGACAACAUCUCAUUGAACGAUC